AUGAUAACCAGACACAGAUGGACAUAUUUGGUUGGUAUUCAGGUUAUUUUGAAACUUUUCAAGCCGUAUUGCGGUUAUAAAAUGGCAUCUCAUAUUGAAUGUCUCGUUGGGAACAAGGUGUGUUUUGUCGAUUAUUCCCCCUUUAAAAGGUUCUCAAGGCCGCGGGAGGGUGGGAUUGAGGUUAUGGCUGGCUCUUGGCUGUUUAUAACUAUCACCCCGGUUACUUCAACCAGAAACAGAUGCAGCCUUUUCCGCUCGUAUCAGCAACAGAGCUCGAGCAGACAUUCGUAUGCUAGCAGCACAUUACGGAGGUCAUGCUCCUGUAACCAGCUUCCUUGCUCUAUCAAUCGUGUGCGGGCAUCAACAACAGAGCCCAAGCGCAAGGACAGUGCUCUCACUGUGGACAUAUUCAAUUUCCAGCUUUCGAGUUCUCUCAUUCCUAGUUCUCUUCGAUCAUUCUUGUUUGAUCCGUUAACUAAGAAAGCGGUAAAUGUGGAAGAGAACAUGGUGGGAAGAGACCGAGAAUGCAAUAAGGUCAAGGUUGGGGAGAAGUUGAGGAGAGCCAACUGGGUUGAAAGGAUAAUUGAACUUCAGAGGCAAUGGAGGCAGAAGCAGCUCAAGGAUGAAGAAUGCAGCAUACAGGAAGCCAGUGAAGAUUGUGAUGGAAAUGGAGCUGAGGAUUUUUGUGAAGUGGAAUACGAUGAUGAUGCAGCUGAAGACAAGGUGGAAGCAGAAUCCUUCCGGAGGUUGAUGAGCCAUGUUUCUUGGUCAGACACCGAGCUCUUCGCUAAAUUGGCUUCUCUGAGCAACUUGGCCUAUGUGAUCCCAGAGAUUAAGGCCAACGAUCUAAGGAGAUGCUAUGGCCUAGACUUUGUAACUUCUUCCUUAACAAAGAAGGCAGAAGCAGCGGCCCUAAAAAUGAAACUUGACCAGGAUUCAACUAGUGUACCCCUGGAAACAUCAGCAACUACAGAAUCAGGAACAGAGAAAAGGCAGAAUUCUAGGCAGAACCAUCUCCCUCACCCAUCAGUUGCAUAUGACAUUGCAGCUUCUGCAGCAUCUUACGUCCAAUCCCGUGCCAAAGACCUUUUAUCCAUUGGUUCUGAACCCCAGAUGGAGAUCUCUGAUGCAGUUCUGCAUGCCAAAGGAAAACACCAGAUAGAGGAAGAAGUGGGAACUCCUCCAGGAAUACACAAAUCGGAGAUGGCUGCUUACGUUGCGGCAUCAUCAAUGACAGCAGUGGUUGCAGCUGAUGAGAAGCAAAAACAGGAGGCAGCAAGGGACCUUCAAUCACUUCAUUCCUCACCUUGUGAAUGGUUUGUUUGCGAUGACUCGAGCAUCUAUACACGCUGCUUUGUCAUUCAGGGGUCAGACUCCUUGGCGUCAUGGCAGGCAAAUCUCUUCUUUGAACCAACUAAUUUUGAGGGAACAGAUGUGUUGGUUCACAGAGGAAUUUAUGAAGCUGCGAAGGGAAUAUAUGAGCAAUUCAUGCCAGAAAUUACUCAGCACCUGGAAAGAUUUGGUGAUCGAGCAAAGCUUCAAUUUACCGGCCAUUCCCUUGGUGGUAGUCUUUCCCUUCUAGUCCAUUUGAUGCUACUGACAAGGGAAGUUGUUAAACCCUUAUCUCUUCUACCAGUUGUCACUUUUGGAUCACCUUUUGUGUUCUGUGGUGGCCAGAAGGUCCUUCACAAACUGGGUUUGGAUGAAGAUCACGUUCAUUGUGUGAUCAUGCAUAGAGAUAUUGUUCCAAGAGCAUUCUCCUGUGUUUAUCCAAACCAUGUGGCGCAAGUCCUAAAGCGCUUGAAUAGCACCUUCCGCUCACAUCCUUGUCUAAAUAAAAAUAAGCUGUUAUACUCUCCCAUGGGUACAAUAUUUAUUCUCCAACCAGAUGAGAUGUCAUCCCCUCCACAUCCAUUGCUCCCUCCAGGCAAUGCUCUAUAUGCAUUAAAAAAUACUCAGUCUGCUAAUGUAGCAAGUGCUCUCAGGGCCUUUCUAAAUACCCCACACCCAUUGGAAACUCUCAGUGAUCCUACAGCUUAUGGUUCUGAAGGUACAAUUCUGAGGGACCAUGACUCCCGUAACUAUCUUAAGGCAGUGAAUAAGGUUAUCAGGCAACACACAAGGCAGGAUAUUAGGAAAGCAAGAAAGCAGAGAAACCUACUCCGGCAACUCUUAGCUUCAAAAUCUCCCCAUACAUGGAGCAAUGAUUGCACUUCGGAAGAAAGGUUGGCAACAAAGGAACCAACUACCGGUGUCUAAGUUCUUCUAAACAAACUAUUUUUGCACA